AUGAAGUCUUUCCUCGAUAUUCUAUUGGAGAUGAGGGAAGCUGAUUCCACUCUGACCGAAGAGCAGAUCAAACACGAAGUGAAUACAAUCGUGCUGGCCGGCCAGGAGACCGCUGCGUCUGCCCUCAACUUCAUAUUAAUAGUACUCGGGAGUAGACCGGAUGUUCAGGGGAAAUUGUAUAGCGACGGUCGCUCUAAACACAUUUGGGGGCCCGACGCUCUGCUGUUCAAGCCGGAGCGAUGGUUGGACCCUUCAACGGCCUCUAAGUACGCUUCUACACUGUUAACUUUCAGCACCGGCAAGCGGGUUUGCAUCGGCAGACGUUACGCCAUCAACUUGAUCAAGACAAUGCUGGUGCAUUGCUUGACGGAGUACGAGUUUCUUUCGGAGGCCGACAAGAUGACGUUACAAAUGGAUGUUUUAUUGCGACCGACGAGCGGGAAUCUGUUGCGGAUUCGGCGAAGGGGGAGGGCU